UUAAAAAUCUUUUCAAACGGUGCCAGCAUGGCGCCCCGGGGAGAGAGUUCUAACCUGUAUCUGAUUAAAAGGUAUCGAAAACUAAUAAACAACUGGAUAAAAACCAACUGCAAAUGGAGCGAAAUUAUCUCGCUAAUAACAGAUCCAAAACGACUGCCUUUAGUCGCCUGUAUACUAAUAAUCCUCGAGAUAUUCGUUAACAUAUUCGUCAUCGAAAAAGUUCGCUACACGGAGAUUGACUGGAUCGCCUACAUGCAGGAAGUCGAGGGAUUUCUGAAUGGAACUCUGGACUAUUCAAAGCUACGAGGUGACACGGGGCCUCUGGUUUAUCCCGCAGGAUUUGUCUACAUCUACUCGAUACUCUACUACGCUACUUCCUAUGGAACGAACAUCAGGCGUGCUCAGCACUUCUUUGCUGCUCUUUACAUCCUCCUUUUGAUUUUGGUGUUCAGAAUAUACCAUAAGACAAAGAAGGUGCCGCCAUACCUGAUUAUCCUUACUUGCACAACCUCGUACCGUAUUCACUCCAUAUUUAUCUUAAGGCUGUUCAACGAUCCCAUUGCCAUGGUGUUCCUAUUCGCGAGCAUAAAUCUAUUUUUGGACAGUCGAUGGUACCUGGGCAGCUUGUUCUACAGCCUAGCUGUAUCUGUUAAAAUGAAUAUCUUACUUUUUGCACCAACACUGCUCGUAGCAUACCUUGCAAUUUUAGGACUACGCAAAACAAUUGUUCAAUUGGCUCUUUGUGCCACUGUACAAUUUUUAUUGGGACUCCCCUUUCUUUAUGGUAAUCCAGUGGCUUACAUCAAAGGUGCCUUCAACUUGGCUAGAGUUUUUCAAUACAAGUGGACAGUCAACUGGAAAUUUUUACCAGAAGAUAUAUUUCUGAAUUCUUAUUUUCACAUAGCCCUUCUUGCUCUUCACUUGGGUACUUUAGCUUACUUUUUACCCAGCUGGAAAACUUAUUUUCAAUCUUACGCCAAGUUAAAGCAAGUAGAGAAAGACUUGAAGGGACGGUUCAGGAAGAAUGAGAAAGUUGAUAUGUCAACAAGCUCGCAGCUAUUUGUGCUACCACUUUUUACCGCUAAUUUCAUCGGGAUAAUUUUUAGUAGAUCUUUGCAUUACCAGUUCUAUGUUUGGUAUUUCCAUACACUGCCUUACCUGGUGUGGUGUACCAGCUACAAGACUGUUACAAAAAUCGUUAUAUUAGGAGUAAUCGAACUCUGCUGGAAUACAUACCCAAGUACAAUAUACAGUAGUACAGCUUUGUAUAUUUGCCAUGCUGCUCUGCUGUUUUCGCUCGCUAAUAAUACGGCUAAAGCUGCUAAAAUACGAUAGUGCAAUCCUUCGAUCUAACGCAGCAAAAAUUACUCAAAGACAGAAGUAGCGUGGCAUUCAUUGAACAUAUAUUUUCAAAGUUACAAAUCUGUAACAAUGCCACUUCACAUAACAUUUACAAUUUAUGUAUUUGUCAAUCGGUUUUGACCACGUGACUCAUAGAGUUCGAACAAAUUGUGGAGACUAAUGUAAAUAAUAAUAAAUAUACCACAAGUUCCAACCUUCA